AUGACCAGGUUUAUAACAACCGGAGCUGUAGCCUCCAUUUCAGAGGAAUUAUUCGUUGAACUACAUGAACAACAUUGUCCAAUAACAUGGAUAAUCGUUCAUAGCUCCUUAAUUGGAGCCUUUUCGCCCAAAGAAGUUCUCAAAGGCCUAGA